AUGUUUGAAGCCAAGUUUCAGGUUGGAGCAUUAUUUAAGAAGAUUGUUGAGGCAAUUAAGGAAUUAGUAAAGAAUGUAAAUUUAGAAACAAAUGGGAUAGGAAUUUCAUAAUGGAUAGAUAAUGAUUAAAUAACUUAGAUUAUGGAUGCUAUGCAUGUAGCUUUAGCAGCAUUCAAAUUAAAUGGGAAGUCGUUAACUUUGGGUUUUGGUUUUGAAAAUUUAUAAUAAAUUCUAAGAACGAAGAUUAAAUAACUUUGGGAACUUAAGAUGAAGAACUAACAACAUCAUCCUUUACAUUUGAAUAGAUUAGAUAGAAUAGGUGAAUUUUAAUUAAAUUUAAUGUCCUUAGAUUAGGAAUGGUUACGAGUACAUGAAACAGACUACUCCUCAAUAAUUAGAAUGUCAUCAAAUUUAUUCACAAAGAUCCACAGAGAGUUAGGAAAUAUCAAUCAAGCUGUUGGCAUUGAAACAUCGAAAGGUUUUAUGUCAGGCUUCUGUUAAACCUAUAACUCAGACAAGCUAGAGGAAUAUGAAGUAUUUGAACAGCGAGGUAAAAUCAUAAUGAUUAUGAUGGAUAAUUCAAAUUUAUUUAAUAAAGCACCUACAUUAUCAAAUUAAUUGAUAUUGUUAAUGUCUUAAGACCAGCAAUUAAUAAUCGAGUAUACAAUUGGAGUUAUGGGAUCUUUGAAAUUGUAUUUAGCCCCUAAAAUAAAUGAUGAAGAAUCUUAAUGA